GCAAUCUGCGGCGUGAUCCCCGGCGGCUGGGGACGCAGAAUGAGCCGGGCUGGCUGGGGCCGGCAGCUGCUCCUCCACAUGGCAGCCCUGGGCUCGGGAACUUUGAGCAUGGGGGUCUUCCUCAGCGCCGUGGGGCGCCGGUGCAAGAGGCGGCGCAGGAAACGCUCUGAGAGAAGAGACAGGAACCAUCUCCGCCAGUCAAGAAGCCCUCAAAAGUAUUUUGCCAUGGAUGUAGAGGAUGAAGACAACAUGAGUGCCAGCAGCGCAGAUGUUAAAGAAAACCGCAAUCUGGACAACGUGUCCCCCAGGGACAGCGGCACACCCGGUCCUGUCGAGGGCACCCAGCUCUCCAACGGGGGUGGCGGUGGCGGUGGCAGGAAGAGGCCGCUGGAAGAGGGCAGCAAUGGUCACUCCAGGUACCGCCUGAAGAAGCGAAGGAGGAUGCCGGGACCCGUGCUGCCCAAGAACGCCCUGAUGCAGCUGAACGAGAUCAAGCCAGGCCUGCAGUACACGCUGCUGUCGCAGACGGGGCCCGUGCACGCCCCCCGCUUCGUCAUGUCUGUGGAGGUGAACGGGCAGGUGUUCGAGGGCUCGGGCCCCACCAAGAAGAAGGCCAAGCUGCACGCGGCCGAGAAGGCACUGCGCUCCUUCGUGCAGUUCCCCAACGCCUCCGAGGCCCACCUGGCCAUGGGCAGGACCCUGUCCGUGAACACGGACUUCACCUCCGACCAGGCUGACUUCCCCGACGCGCUCUUCAAUGGCUUUGAGAUGCCGGACAAGGCCGAGCCGCCUUUCUACGUGGGCUCCAACGGCGAUGACUCCUUCAGCUCCAGUGGGGACCUCAGCCUGUCCGCCUCGCCGGUGCCCACCAGCCUGGCCCAGCCACCGCUGCCCGUGCCGCCGCCCUUCCCACCGCCCAGCGGGAAGAACCCAGUGAUGAUCCUGAACGAGCUGCGUCCGGGGCUCAAGUACGACUUCCUGUCGGAGAGUGGUGAAAGCCACGCCAAGAGCUUCGUCAUGUCCGUGGUGGUGGAUGGCCAGUUCUUCGAGGGCUCGGGGCGGAACAAGAAACUGGCCAAGGCCCGGGCCGCACAGUCCGCCCUGGCCACCAUCUUCAAUUUGCACUUGGACCAGACACCGUCGCGCCAGCCUGUGCUCAGCGAGGGCCUGCAGCUGCACUCACCGCAGGUGUUGGCAGACGCGGUCUCACGCCUGGUCCUGGGUAAGUUCGGCGACCUGACGGACAACUUCUCCUCCCCACAUGCGCGCAGGAAAGUCCUGGCCGGCGUCGUCAUGACCACAGGUACGGAUGUCAAAGAUGCCAAGGUGAUCAGUGUCUCGACCGGGACCAAGUGUAUCAACGGCGAGUACAUGAGUGACCGUGGGCUGGCACUGAACGACUGCCACGCAGAGAUCAUCUCCCGGAGGUCCCUGCUGCGCUUCCUCUAUGCGCAGCUGGAGCUGUACCUGACCAGCAGAGAUGAUCAGAAGAGGUCCAUCUUUCAGAAGUCGGAGCGAGGCGGGUUCCGGCUGAAGGACACCGUGCAGUUCCACUUGUACAUCAGCACCUCACCCUGCGGCGAUGCCAGGAUCUUCUCCCCGCACGAGCCCGUGCUGGAAGAACCAGCAGACAGACACCCGAAUCGUAAGGCGAGGGGACAGCUACGGACAAAAAUAGAGUCUGGUGAGGGGACGAUCCCGGUGCGCUCGAACGCCAGCAUCCAGACGUGGGAUGGUGUGCUGCAGGGGGAGAGGCUGCUCACCAUGUCCUGCAGCGACAAGAUUGCCCGCUGGAACGUGGUGGGCAUCCAGGGGUCCCUGCUCAGUGUCUUCGUGGAGCCCAUCUACUUCUCCAGCAUCAUCCUGGGAAGCCUGUACCACGGAGACCACCUCUCCCGGGCCAUGUACCAGCGCAUCUCCAACAUAGAGGACCUACCGCCACUCUACAUGCUCAACAAGCCCCUGCUCAGCGGAAUCAGCAACGCAGAGGCACGGCAGCCAGGGAAGGCGCCCAAUUUCAGUGUCAACUGGACAGUGGGUGACUCCACCAUCGAGAUCAUCAAUGCAACGACGGGGAAGGAUGAGCUGGGCCGCGCAUCGCGCCUGUGUAAGCACGCAUUGUACUGUCGCUGGAUGCGUGUGCACGGCAAGGUACCCCUGCACUUGCUGCGCACCAAGAUCACAAAGCCCACCACGUACCAUGAGUCCAAGCUGGCGGCGAGGGAGUACCAGGCCGCCAAGACCCGCCUGUUCACCGCCUUCAUCAAGGCGGGGCUGGGCGCCUGGGUGGAGAAGCCCACGGAGCAGGACCAGUUCUUGCUCACGCCCUGACCCUGGCGGGCACCUGCUGUGUCCCCGAGCCUCGUGUCUGGGUGGGCGGCUGCGCACCCAAGGGUGGUGGGGGGCCCAGGGGACCCAGCAUCAACUCCAUGCACCUCACCCAGAGCAGGGCGGGCACGGGGGCAUGUGGGGUGCAGGGCAUCUCACUCUGAACCGGGGCAGUGCGUGGGGUGGGGAGGUGGGGCCCAGCGCCGCUACUCGCUGUCUCCAGCCCCGAGUCUCCCUGCCCCAAGUUACCAGUGACUGCUUCCAACCUCAGUUUACGUUAGACAUUGAGUUCUACUGAGUAGGGCUUCCUUAGGGUUAGGAAAAUAGAAACUACUUUGUGUGAAAUUCUUGAAUAAAUAAUUUAUUCAGAGUUAGGAAUGUGGUUUAUAAAAUAAGUAAUUAUGUCAGGUUGCUUUAUGCCACAUUAUUUUAAUUGCAGAAGAUUUCUAUGUGGAGGGUGAGAAGGUGGAGGUGGAGCGCAGAGCCCAUAGGACCGGCACGUGUGUCCCUCGCAGGCCUGGCCCCGUGCACAGUAGGGUCACCUGUGCGUCCCCUGGCGACGCCAGCAUGCUACAUGUGAGCCCCAGUAGUGACCGUGUCUUCUGCCGCAGCCCCGCUGGGAGCCUCUGUGCUCUGGUGGGAUCGGGUUCUGGAAACUCGUAGCUCAUUUCCAGUAACCCUGGACAAGACUCGGCCAGAGGCCCCAUCCUGACCACCCCUUUGGCUUGGCUCUGGACUUGUGCAGCCCUCCCAGGGACCUGUACACGGGAAGCCCAGUAGCCCAAGGGUGCCCUGGAUGGGACUAGAACUGCCCGGCAGUCACACCCUCCGAGCAGGCCACAGAAAGCGUGUUUUUAAGUUUUUCUUUUCAGCUUUAUCAAAGACAUGUUUGAAAGCUAAAAAGCACGCAGACUGGAGCUGGCCAGACGGUGUGACGCUGGCGAGGUGCAGACUGGGCGUUGAUGUCGUGAGGCAGGGCUCAGAGCUGCUGGCGUCACGAGGGGGACCAGGGACACUGCUCAGCACCUCCAGUGCGCAGGAUGGCCUGGUGGUCAGAGCCUGGUGUGCCCACCUGGACCUGUGCUCGGAGACUCGCACCAGGUGCCUUGUAGCUUUUCCACUCAGGGUUAGAGGAGCCAGGAGAGCUGUGUGUGCUGCCUGCCAUAGCUCAGUACUGUCUGCACUUGGGGGUCGCAAGAGGGCAGAUUGAGGGCCGGGAACAGAGGCCCGGGAACCGUCAGGGCCCUGAGCUGCACACAUAGCUGGGUUUCUCACUCUCCCUGUGCCUGCAGGGUGAGUGGCGCCACCUCGCUGGACCCGUGUGCCUCGGGGUGGGAGCGCUGUCUGCACACGUCCAGGUCCAGGGCAAGUGAGUCUGCACACCAGCCUUCUCUGCAGCUGGGGUGACCCCGUGUGCCACCGUGCGGUCUCAUUUGGGUCAGAUACACCAGGCUGCUUUGUACCCAUGGAAGAGGCCUGGUGGUGCUGCUGCCCUCCUGAGUAUGCUCCAAAAAAACUUACUCCUGGCUCUAUAAAUUGUAUUUUUUUGUAGUGGGGAUUGGGAGAUGGACUUAGUUUUUAAGAAAUAUGUGGAUUUGGGGUAUUUAGUCCAGUGCAGAUAUGUUCCAUAUACAUAGAAACAAAACUACCCUGUGUGUCUGCCUGUCCUUCUGUCGAGUUGUAGCUUAAAGGUGGACAGCAGACCCCAUCCCAGAUGUUAAGGUCUUACGGGUUUGGGGCCUGGAGAGAGGGGCGGGCGGCCCAGGGACCACAAGGCAGGGGACAGGAGCACAGAGACAGCCCAGCCGCGGUCAGAAAAGCAGGGCCUCGUCAGCAGUCAGGAUUCGCUGUGCGUCACCCGUCACGGGUCACCUUGUCACUGCUCAGCCACAUCCCAUGUCCUGGAUCUGCACUUGAGAGACUUAGAAAACCCGACGCAGCCAGGGACUUGACAUUUUGAACAAAAACAAAACAAAACCCUUAAGUGUUGAGGACAUCUUGCCGAGCGAGGGUGGUCAGUUCUGUUUGGUCAGCGAACCCCAAGGUGUCACUUCCGUGGAGACCCUGUCCUCGGGGUGGCUCGGGACAGCUUUGCUCGGUGGGGAGUCGGUGUCGGGAGGAGCAGGGACACAUUUUCUGUGUAAACCUGGGGCUCUCCCAGUUGGAGUUGGGCCCAGGGACCCCAUCAGCCUGGUGGCUGUUGACCACCUCCACACACGUGACCACCUGCACCUCACCUGCCAGAAACUGCAGGUUUGAUUCUGAGUCUUCAUUGUGCAUCAUCCUUUCCUGUUUGAGAAUGUGCUCUGUAAUUAAAAGGAGUUGUUUUUAAAUGUGCAAGCCAGAGUCUCACAAGGCUCUGACUUCUCUGGAAUUACACAGUCACCACUUUCUCCUACACCCAAGUUCUUCCUGCAGUGAGACAGGUGGCCGCGUCCUCCUCAGGUGACAGCCCAGGAGGGGUGCCCACCCCCAGGACAGCUAUACAUCGCCCUGGCCUCUGAGCAGAUGAAGGCGGCACAGGUGACUCUUCUCACAUCUGGGAUGACUUUCAUCAGAAAUGCCAGCUCUACACACUCAGUUUCGACCCAACAAGAGAAAUAAAAUUAGCUGAUUCUCUCCUCUCUAAAUUCUGUAAAAUUAGGGAACCUCUUUUAUGUCACCCCAAGUUAUAUUUGUGGAAAGGGCAGAGGACUUGUGUCCAGUGUGUGCUGUUCCGUGUUCUUGUCCCCAGAAUCAGUCCCCGAGUGCAAGGAGGUGGGUGGGCUGCUCGGCUGUCCACCCUGGAGUCCUGAGUUCCCUGGAGGCUUGGAGUGGAAACAGGGAAACCCCUGACCCACGGGGUCUGCUGUGGCCAUGACUCGGUUGUAAGGGCAUGAGUGCGUUUUCAGUGUGUGUGGAGGCCGCGUCGUGUGGGCAGCCCCUGCCCUUCCUUGUUUACCAGUGAGGGGAUGGUUUGGAAGGAACUGGGGUCCUCUUAAAGGGAGCACAGUGGUUAAAAGCACAGUCCAUGGAGUGUUAAUGAGGAAGCCCCUAAGCUGUUUGCUUUUCCAGGCUUUGGGUUAUAUGCUUUUCAUUUUAUUUUAGAAUUUGGACACUUUAUAUGAAUGUAAUUCAGCCAAGAAACUCGUUGCUAAAAUAAUCGUCAGUGUUCUCCAUAUGUACAUUUGUGUAUAUAUCACACAUUACAGCCUGCAUGAGCUUCCUGUCACGCCGAGGCCAGCUGGAGCUGAGCAUGAGACGCUGUCGCACAUAGACAAAGGACUUGAGAUGUUCUCAAUAAAAAUAAGACGUUUCAC